AUGCAGGACUCUUCUGGUAUUCGCAACAAAUCUAGGCCAAUCCAUCUGGUCGUUUUGGUUCACGGUUUGUGGGGAAACAGGUCGCAUUUUGAUUAUAUACGGACCGCACUGGAGGCGGAGUUCAACGCUCGAAAAGCCCAAAAAUCCUUGACCCAAGACGAGGAACUUGUUAUAUACACAACGCACCUGAACGAGGGCUACAAAACUUACGAUGGGAUCGACGUCUGCGGCGUCAGAGUAGCGGGUGAUAUAGAAACUCAAAUUAGGGAACUUGGCUCAGUCACCAAGUUUUCGAUCUGUGGUUACUCGUUAGGCGGACUAAUAGCCCGUUACGCUCUGGGUGUUUUAUACAAGAAACAGGUUUUCAAAAAAGAGGACAUCGAACUUGUCAAUUUUACGACCUUUUGUACGCCUCACGUUGGAGUGUAUGCCCCGGGCAAUAACAUAGCUGUCAGGCUCUUCAACACAAUCGUACCGGUAGUUUUGGGCAACACGGGUAAGCAGAUGUUCUUGAAGGAUAGAGGCCGAUUUACCAAUGGCACCCCGCUGAUAAUCUCGAUGAGCUUGGAAAAUUCAGUUUUCUAUAAGGCCUUGCAAGAGUUCCAAAACACCGCACUGUACGCGAAUGUUAUCAACGACAAAAGAACUGCUUGGUGGACUGCCGGUAUAUCCAGGAACGAUCCCUUUUUCGAAGUUGAUGAAAAAAAUGGCGAUCAUCGGUUUAGCUACGUUUCCGGGUACGCUCCCACGAUUAUUGAUCCCUCUAGAUCUAUCAGGAUCACUCGCAUUGAGGAUUUCAACGAAAAAUUGCAAGUUGCUAAGCAACCUCGACAGAAAGAUAGCGCCAAAGUUGACCCACGGAAGUAUUUCUUUCUCACUUAUUGGUCUGCGAAGCUAGUGCGCUGGCUUGCAGUGUUGUUCAAUUUGUUGUUGAUAGCUCCGAUUUGGGUCAUUUGGUUUGUUCUGUCUGGAAUUAUGGAGACCAUCAAGUCUACCACAAGGGCGACCAAGUUCAUAAAGGGGUAUUCUCAUCACUUUAUUGACGAGGUCUUUGAGACUAGCACCGAGGAACCCGCAUCGGACGACAUAAUUGUUUCGCCUUCCGAAUCCCCCAACGAAUACGAGUUACAGCUUCAGCAGUCUCUGAAUGAUCAGGCCGACACGUUUAUCGAAAGUGUUUUCAGCGCAAUCGAAAGGAAAAACACAUUGUCUGCAGUGAUCGAUGAGUUCGAUCCAGGAAAUGUCACAGAUACCGAGGACAAUGACCGGGUCGUGAAGACCACACUCAAAGAGCUGGCAAUACUUUCUAUCAAGGAUAUUGAGGCUAGACGUUCACGCGCGGUGGAGACAACGGAAGAACUACCGUCGUUGGAAAACCUGCACUUAGAUUUGGCGCCUGCCCAAGUACGCAUAAUCGAAUCCCUAAACAGAAUUGCCUGGCGCAAGUUUCCGGUUUAUAUUCGUAACACGCUAAGUACUCAUGCAUGCGCGAUAGUUCGCCACAAUGAUGAAAACUUUGAAGAGGGAAAGUUGGUGGUAUCUCAUUGGGUAAAGGAAGUUUUCAAGUUUUAG